AAGAAGAAGAAGAAAACAGCCAUAAUCACCGGCGCUCUAGAUAGUGUCGACACCUCCACUCUGGCGCUCUGGACAACCUUAAACCCCAUUCUUCUGAUCUCUUCCCUCCUAUCCCUCUUUCUUCCAACUAAAACAAUGCUCCAAUUGCUUCAGACACACAACAACCUUCUACUCCAAAUCUCACUUUCCCUAUUCCUCACCCUUCUCCUCACAUUCCUAAAAAUCCCCCUCUUCUUCCUCCACGACCUCCACCCCGAAAACCGUCAACAUAUCGGAGCCGCCAUCGGCCGGCCCCCGAUGGCCUUGAUGGGUGCCAGUCUUUAUCAUCCCGAACCAAUACUGAGCUCAAAAGUGGAAAUAAAUCUAAGGAGAAGUUCGAGUUCGUUGACAACAAUGCCCUGAUCUUCAGGUUCAUCUUCAAACCCAGCUCUAUUUCAAUGAGGAUCACAAUUCUUUCGUUUUACCCUUUGUGCGUAUUUCUUGUUUAUUGCUAUAUAAGUAUUUGGGGAAGUCUGAGGAUGAUUCUGGGGUUUUGGCAAAUUGGAAUUCGAUCCCAGUUGUUUUUCCACUCCUCGGUUUGUGCAAAGUGUUUUUGUCAGUUGCGGAGGUAUCGUAUGAGAAAUCGGCUUCUAAGGGGUCGGAGAAGCAAUUGAGUUUGCUUCUUGGGUUUUUGUGGUUUUUCUUUGGGAUCAUGGUUUGCUCUGGAGUGAUUCCUUCGGUUUUGACUUUGAUUUCAGCUCAGUUGAUGUGGCUAGGAGGGUUUUGGUUGCUGCUUUUCUGGGAUUGCUUGUGGGUUUUUUGUAUAUGCCUGCAGGGAAGAAUGGACGAGCCUUUUGGCUUGGAACAGAUCAACUUAGGAGUAAUUUGUCCAUAGUUUCUUGUGGAUGGUUUGAAAGAGGGAUUUUAUAUGCAAGUUUUAUGUCUUUCAUAACAAUCACCUAAAGAAGUUCUGCAGAUGUGCAUUACUGUAUUCUUUUCUCCUGUUAUUUGCCUAAAUACUAACUGCAUGCUAGGGGAGGAAUUUGCUAAUGUUGUUAUCUAUAGAAUUACGUUCAUUGUUAUGAACAAAUCAAUUUUAAUUUGUCAUGUUUGCCAUAUAAUUUCGCCCACCAUGUAGAAUAGUAUUACCAUAAGCUAGAGUGAUCAUUUUGAAUUCGUAAAGCUUGUACUAUUCUUUUUUGUCUUCCAUUCUUACUAUAGCUGCCCUAUGAAACAGUGGAACUCAUUUAAGUUUUUGGAUGGAUGCUUUUGGGUCUUAGAAACACUAGAACUAUUGACUGAGUACAAGUCUAGUUUUUGUUUCUUAUCAUUUGCAUAAUAAAAUCUAUUUUCCGAC